GGCAGCCCCGCUCAAGGCCCUCCCCGUGACGUAAGAGGGGUCCUCGCCGUGUUCUUGUGACAUUGUGUGGCAGUGAAGGAAUCUGUGCGCAGUGAGCAGACCGCCGCCAUCAUGUUCCGCACUAUGCUCACCCACGCCCGGAAACACCCCAGCUUGAUCCCCCUGUUCUUGUUUGUGGGGUGCGGUGGCGUUGGUUCACUCCUCUAUGCGUUAAGGGUGACGAUGACCAGUCCUGAAGUGGCCUGGGACAAGAAAAACAACCCCGACCCCUGGAACAAGAACAGCCCCAACUACCAGUACAAGUUUUACAACGAGACAAUCGACUACAAGAAGCUGAAGAAGGAAGGACCUGACUUCUAAGAAGUGUCCCCCCCCCCCUGCUGCUGCCGCCGUCCUCUCCAGGAAUGUCCAUUCCCUCUAUUUAAUCAGAUCAGGCUGAUAAUUCGUUUGCUCGGCUCGUUCUGUCUUGGUUUAAUGUGUUUAGCUGAUCUUAACACGAUUAGCGCAGUCUUCAGCGGCGUCUGCUCAGGAUGACGUGACGCUCGCUCCGCUCUCUGCCAGACUUGUGAAAUACAUUGAUUCCUACAUG